GAAAGAAAGAGAACCGCCAAGAAAGGGAGCUGCGCGAGCGCGCUCAAUUAGAAAUUUAGAUUGGAAUCGUUUCUGGGCAUGGUUGUUGGAUCGGUUUAAAAUCGCCUAUCGCUCUCUUCAAUCGCUCGCUCGCUCCACAGAUUUCGAGUCGAGAGCUAUAGCUGAAAGAAAGCGACCCAGCAACGAGCGAGCGUCCGUUUUUUUUUCCCUUUUCCCUCCUUGGCCGCUCGUUUUUGGGGCCAGAUUUGAUCGCCCUUGUGAGCGCUUUCUCGUGAUCCCAUCGGUGAGGUGAUGAAUUCGCUGCGAUCGGUGGAAGAAAAGAGAGAAGAGUAAAGAAGGGAGAAUUUGCGAGGAGCGACUCGCAAUGUGGCCGAUUUCUUCCAGAGGAAGAAGAAGAAGAACAAGGUGGUGGUAAGGAAAAUGGCGAAGAUUUCUUCUUCUUCUUCACCCGCAAAGCGAAUUCUUCUCGUUGGUAUGAAGCUGAGCUCCGAGUGCCGUGAGCGCCUGACAUGGAUAGUCGCAAGGCUCACGAUCCCGGGAGAUCACGUCAUUGCUGUUCAUGUCCUCCAAUCUUCCUCCUCUACCGCACUGUCUUCGGAGCUGGAUCCGGCCACCAGAAAGGAACUGGACGAGACCUUUCAAGGUGUUUUAGGAGUGUACCAGGGCCUCUGUACGCUCAAGCAGAUCAAGUUGGACAUUAAAGUGGUUGUUGGAGCCAGUGUUAAAGAGUGCCUGGUGGAUGCUGCCAAGUUGGAGGACGCUACGAAAUUGAUCCUCGGUACCAGCAGAUUUGUGCCGACUGGUUUGUCCACAUCCCUCGCAAAAUACUGUUUGAAGAGGCUCCCAAGCAGCUGCUCAGUCACGAUAAUUGACCGAGGGAAAGUGAUAUUCGAGAGGCCUGGAUAUCGCAGCAGCAGCAGCAGCAGCAACAACACUGGGAAAGAAGUAAGCUCCUGCGCACAAACAUGCACGCCUAGUGUUCUUCAAAGAGGAAUCAUGAAGCGCCUGAGCUGCAGCAGCAGUCACCACCAAGCUUCGGAAUUCGAUACCAGUGGCACUGAUAAUGACUCGCCUGGCGGGAGCAACGACAACAAUCCAGGCUCCUCAAACUCUGGUCGCAGCAGCGUUGUGUUGGAGGCCAACUUGUCCGACUCCGACAGAUCCUUCUCAGCUUCUCCUGUCAGCGUUCUUCACCCCAACACGGACGAGUUCAAGCCCCCGGAAUCGAAAGAGAGCCAAGAGCACCUGUCGAGCUCGCAAGGGAGUUCGAUGACCUGUGAAGAUGGGAAAGCCUUGCAGGGAUGGCCACUUCGCGCAUUUCCUCUGGACAAAGUUGUUUCUUCGCCGUCGAGAGAGCCCGAGGAGAGGGAGCUGUCCGUAGUUAACUGGGCCUUACAGCUUCCAAACAGGUCCCAGAGGCGACGCCAGGCGCUCGAGUGUUCCUCCGCCAGAGACAGUGUUUCGUCGUCCAGCAGUGAGUUUGGAUGCGAACAGAAACUCUUGUCCAAGUGCAGGAGUGCUCCUCCACCGCGGGAAAGAUCUCUUCUUCUCGAGUGUCUUCGGCAGGAAGUCGCGGCUCCUUUUGAGCAGGAAGAGGCGAGCAAGCUCAACGACGAGAAACCAGCAGACACGGCUUCAUCAUUGUCAUUGAGCCAGCGGCUGCAACUUCUCUACACGAAGAACACCUCUGCGGCAGUAAAAUUCGAUGCGGAGGAGCUGCUGAAAGCCACCAGCAAUUUAUCAUCAAAAAACUUGGUCGGAAGAGGUGGCUGUAGUCAAGUUUUUAAAGGAACUCUGGCAAAUGGUCAAGCAAUUGCUGUCAAAUGCUUGAAUGAAGUCACGGCUGACUCAGAAGGCGAGCUGGUUACAGAGGUUGAGAUAUUGAGCAGCUUGAGACAUAGGAACGUUAUUUCCUUACUUGGUUACUGCGCCAACUCCAAAAAACGUAUGCUGGUGUACAACUUUGCCGCAAAUGGGAACUUGGAACAGUGCUUGCAUGGAGAAAACUCGAAAACGUCUUUUCUGGACUGGCCUUCGCGGAGAAAGAUUGCAAUUGGUGCUGCAGAAGGACUCGAGUAUCUCCACGACGGAUGCCCGAGGCCUGUCAUUCACAGGGACGUGAAGUCGUCAAACAUUCUUCUUUCGUCGACCAACGAAGCUCUGAUCUCGGACUUUGGACUUGCAAAAUGGGCACCGACAACAACUUCUCACAUAACCUGUACAGACGUCGUAGGAACUUUCGGAUAUCUAGCGCCCGAGUACUUCAUGUUUGGAAAGCUCAACGAGAAGACGGACGUGUACUCGUUCGGCGUUGUUCUUCUGGAGCUCAUCACUGGAAAGCACCCGAUCAACGCGUCAAAUCAAAAGGGUCAAGAAAACUUGAUAAAAUGGGGACGACCUCUUCUCGAGAGUGGAAAUCUGGAGAAGCUGGUAGAUCCGAGACUUCAUGAUGACUACGAUGUCCAGCAUAUGAAACUUAUGGUCCUGGCAGCAGCCUUGUGCCUUCGACAGUCACCUCAACACAGACCGCGAAUGCGCAGAAUAUCGAGGUUGCUGAGCGGUGACGAAGAAAACAGCCUCCUGUGGGCCAACCGCGAGUUAAAGCUUUGCAAAGGCGAAGAGCAGCACUGCAUAGAUGAGGAUUACGCACGGCCUUCCACAUCCGACUGUGAGGUAAGGACUCACCUUGCGCUGGCCAUGCUCGGAGUCGAGGACGAUGUCGCAUCCGAGUGCGAUCAAAGCAGUAGCAGCAUGGAUUUCGUGAGUUCCAGGAAGAGCCUCGAAGAUUACUUUGGUGGUCGAUGUAGCCAGUAGCUUAGCUGCGAUUUUUUUUCGUGAGGAAACCAGAGAAGAGUGAGCUGGAGUGACACUUGAGUAGAGAAUAGAAUAGCCUACCGCUUGGUCGUGGUCGCACGCCUUACAAACACGAUGUCCGCGGCUAUGCUUUGUCAGCUCCGUCAUCUCCCCGACGCUCUAGUUCUCGGACAAACUCCUGACAGCAAUUUCAAUGCUGGAAUGUUGGAUAAGAGAUGACUCUCCGUGAACAGUACCUGAGAUUUUGGGGGA